GCCCAUGGCUUCUGGAGUAACAGUGAAUGAUGAAGUCAUAAAGGUUUUUAAUGACAUGAAAGUAAGGAAAUCUUCAACCCCAGAGGAGAUUAAAAAAAGAAAGAAAGCUGUUCUCUUCUGCUUAAGUGAUGACAAAAAACAAAUUAUUGUAGAGGAGUCAAAGCAGAUACUGGUUGGUGACAUUGGAGAUACCGUAGAGGACCCCUAUACAGCCUUUGUGAAGUUGCUACCUUUGAAUGAUUGCCGAUACGCUUUGUAUGAUGCCACAUACGAGACAAAGGAAUCUAAGAAAGAAGACCUGGUAUUUAUAUUCUGGGCUCCUGAAAGCGCACCUUUAAAAAGCAAGAUGAUCUACGCAAGCUCUAAAGAUGCCAUUAAAAAGAAAUUUACAGGUAUUAAACAUGAGUGGCAAGUAAAUGGUUUGGAUGAUAUUAAGGACCGUUCAACACUUGGAGAGAAAUUGGGAGGCAACGUGGUAGUUUCACUUGAAGGAAAACCCUUAUAAAAAGACAGACAAGUGCCAUCUGGAUCUAAGGAGCUUCCAUUUCUGCAGCUCGUUCAAUUGGAAUAGUAUUAGUCUCCCCGUCCCCUUCCCUCCUCAGAAAAUAAGUCCCCUCCCUAAUGCCCCUGAAGGAGAUGUCAUUGUUAAGCAGUCUACCAGUGAUUGCCAUUAGACUGUUUAAUCCUGGUAGUUUUAUGUAGGAUCCAAGGAAUGCUUUCACGUCACGCCCUUAGCCAAAACUGACGUUGCAGGCAUUCCUUGCAACAUGUACAAUGAAUGUGAUAGUUAAUGUGAAUAGUCUAGCAGACAGCAAAGGGUAAGCUAAUUGAAUGCCUUGAAAGUAUUGUCCACUGGUCGGAUGGUAGACUCUAUACAGUAUUACUUACAGUUGCACUUGAUUGCAGUUCCAUGAGGCUCUUGUGCAUUCAUACACCUCACCUGCCUUGACAAGCCUAUUUUUGUGACAUGGCAGCACACAACACUAUGCAUUUAAAGCACUUUUUUGUAAUAUGUUUGACCCGCCCCUGCCCCCCCAAAAGGAAUGCCAAUUAAGUUGCUGUAACUGUGUCAUCAAAUUAUUGUAGUACCUCAGUUUCAUUCCUGUUACAUGCAUAUCUUGAUAAAUGAAGUAGCUGUUACGAUGCCUUUUGUUUUCCAUUGAAUGUACACUACUGAACAGGAGUAGAAGUUAUCUGUUUACCAUGUGAGUCUUGAAACACUAAAGUUUUGUAAAACAUCAGUCAUGGUGGCAAUUUCUGUAUUAAAAAGAGCCUUAAAUGGAACAUUGUUUUUUUCAGAUCAAAAACUGGCCACAUUGCAAUAAAACUUGUGGCUUAUUACAGAAUGUUGCCUUGUUUUCAUUGGAAAAUAUAGUUUUUAAGUAUGUUUAAUUUAAGCGUAUUUCAAAUAACUUCUGUGGAAAGUAUUGUAAAGACAAACAAUCAUUAAUCUCAUCUUAAAUAAUGCAAGUUUUUCAUUCCUAAUCAUGAUUUAGGCACCGCUUUACAAUACUUUGUGGCUCUGUUCUGAUCAUUCGAUAAAGGACCUGAUCCUCGUUUACCGUUAAAGUAAGGAAGCUACCACUACUAGAGACCAUUAGUUCCAUGAAACACUUGUGUCAGAAAUGUAAAAAAUAUGAAACAAUUAACCACGCAGCGUGUUUCGUACCUGAAUGUUCUUAAAGUUCUACAUGUCAGAGUAAAACCUUGCACGAAACCUUAACAGCUCGCCGUCUUUUUCAGUAAGAUGACGUGUAACGACAGUUGCAUGAUAUGCAAAUACGAAUCUGGUAAAUUAAUUUUUGUUUCUUGAGUGUUGCAGUUAAGACGGGCUUGGUACAAGAAAUAGCCUAAAUGAACCCUUCUACUUGUUAGCUUCUAUGUAAAUAGAACUGGAAAGUGUUUGCCACUACCGAGGCUUGCAUCGGGGACAUGUUUUGGCUGGGAGCCAAAUAAUGCUCUCCUUAUAGAGAAUUUGAUCUGCUCUGUGUGAGCAAUCCUCCGUUAGCCAGAGCUAUUUAUGGCAAACACAUGCUUUUGUAUCUUGUCAUCAUUAUCCACAAAUGGCAAAACUGGACAUGAUUCUCCUGGUAUGUGUAAAGGCGCGCUGUUAGGCAGCCGCUCGCAGCUGAGCUGUACAUGCUGCUGGAAGGAAUGCUCUUUAUCGUUACCUUAUUUUAAAAAGUUGGUAGAGUAGAACCAUGGAGCUUUUAAAUACGGGCCCUUUAUGUUCAGUUCAUAGCCCUUUUUCAACAAGGAAGCGGAUAAUCCUAAAAAGCCUGCCUUUUUUUUUUUUCCCCCCCUCUCUUUUUUUUUUUAAUAGUUAAAAUAACCUAGUGGUACUGUGUGUAGGCUCUCUUGUCCUGUAGAACUUUAAGACUUUGUUUCAGGCUUCUGGCUGUCCCUAUGACUUGCACACCUCAUUGUGUUAGCUGUUCUAUGUAGACUAAACUUUACUAGAAUUUAACUAAAAAGGCAUGAUGACCACUGACUUACUAAGUGUAUUAAUGAGUCUUGGCUUUGUUCUACGAAACUCUCCUUUCAGGUACCUUUUAAGGUUGAGAAGUAACUGACGGUAUGCAUGUUGUCUAGAUGAAAAAAAAAAUAUCUUUUUAUUCCUCAAAAUAGUCUCUUUAUUUCUGAUUAUUCACGUUGUGUGCAAAGCCCAGUUUAAUGUAAAGAUCUACUUUGUGCUUUAUGUUUGACUUGAGUUCAGUACAGUAUAAUGAAAUGAUCUUUUAACUGAUUUUCACAAGGUUUCUUUAGAAAAAGCCAAAACUGAAAAAUGUUAAAUUUUAAUAAACUGUUUGAGUUUAAUUUUAGACAGUAAACUUUUUUAAGCAGUAUUGUGUUUAAAUUUAUUGUUUGUCUCUGCUGCAAACAGUCUGGAAAGAUGUCUGUGGCUUCUAAGUUGAAUAUUAAAGGUUACUUUUUUUUUUUUUUAAAACUAGCUUAGGUGUAUAUUCACUCAGUCCAAGUAGAUAUAAAAUUGAAGCACAAACUGUAUUUAUGUAAGAUUCCUACCAAAACAAGUUUUGAAUCCAAAAGGGUCAGCUUGCCUUCAGUUUGUUCUUGAAACGACUGACGGACUGAUGCGAGGUCCAAUUCAGAUGGCUUGCUUUAAAAAAAAAA